UCUCGCGGCCCACCCCAGCGCCGGUGCAGCUGGCCAGGGUCUCGGAUAUGCCGAGUCCAGAUGAGGGGGGGAAGGCAGUAGGCGGAGGAUGACGAUCUGGUCCUCAAGCUUGAUACUCCCUUGCCUCGGGUGAUGGGCUCAGGAAGGGAAUGGAGCGAAUCCGAGUGAAUGGUGUUCUGGAAAGCUCUCAGCACUGGGGGCCAGAAGGCCUGGUCUGAAUUGCACCCUUCUGAUUGCUACUCGAUGCCUAGUGGGGAGAUCAGACAGUGAGAAGUGUCAGAGGAGAGGAGCUCAAAUAAAGAGCUGUGGGGGGCAGAGAAGAGAUGAUGUCCUCUAAAUAGCACGGGGACCAGAGCUUUCCAUUUUCCAGAGCACCUUCACCGGCUGUGUCUUGUGCUGGAGGCAGGAGCUGACAUGGACCCAAAUCCGCGGGCAGCCCUGGAGCGCCAGCAGCUCCGCCUUCGGGAGCGGCAGAAAUUCUUUGAGGACAUUUUACAGCCUGAGACAGAGUUUGUCUUCCCCCUGUCCCACCUGCAUCUCGAGUCGCACAGACCCCCCAUAGGUAGUAUCUCAUCCAUGGAGGUGAAUGUGGACACACUUGAGCAAGUGGAAUUUAUUGACCUUGGGGAACAGGAUGGAGCUGACGUGUUCUUGCCUUGCGAAGAUCCUCCACCGACCCCCCAGACGUCUGGGGUGGACGACCGUCCCGAGGAGCCGAACCUGCCAAUGCCCACGGCAGACAGGACCACAUCCCGCACUUCCUCCUCGUCCUCUGACUCCUCCACCAAUCCGCACAGCCCGGAUGUGAGUGACGGCGGAGCAGACACGCCCUUGGCACAGUCUGACGAAGAGGAGGAUGGGGGAGAUGGCAGGGCAGAGCCUGGAGCCUGCAGCUAGCAGUGGGCCCCCACCUACAGACUGAUUGAGCUGCCUAUUCUCCACUUGAGACCCCAGGCCCAGCCAGAGCGCUUCGGAGAAGACCAGACUCUUUACCUGCAGUAGGCACCAGAGGGAGGAAAGGAUGGUGGGUGGUGUACCUUUCUGGGAAUUAACCCGCUCCUGCUUUACUGCUAACCUUUCCCUGCUGCAACCUCCCUGGCAGGUUUUGGCUUACUCCUGAGGUAGGGCCUGCAAGUGAGGAGGUGGAAGAUGAGAUAGGACAAGAUGCCACUGCUUUUCUUAGCACUCUUCCCUCCUCCAAACUAUCCUGCAGUCUCCUGAUAGAGUCUCCUAAACCAGUGUCUCUAAAUGGACGUGAACUCCUUAACACUCCCAGUGAGAUGGUACUCCAGCCAUCCUGCUUCCUUACAUCCUUUUUGGAACAGGGCACGGUAUGAAUAAUAAACAGAUAAUAAUAUGCCAACCAUUCCACUUCAUCUUUUCACAUUGUACAGAUAUCAAACCCAAUACAUUUCUUUAGCUCUCUAACCAAUACCAUAUUCCCAUGACUCAUUUACUCCAUUUAUUCAAGAAGUAGUUAUUUGGAAUUAGCUGCAGAUUUGGAAUACAGUUUUGAACAAGACAGGCUGCCUGCCUUCAUGGAGGAGAAAGUCAAGUAAACACCACAGUUCACAGCAUAAUAAGUAGCAUGCUGAGGAACUGUUCUGUUACCAGAAAAUGGGCAUCUUAACCUAGCUUUGAUGGUCGUUGAAGAGCUGAUUUUUAAGCUGGGAUGCAGAGGAUGAGUAGGAGUUAGCCAGGUGGGGCUGUAACCCAGGCAGAAAGAGCAGCUUGGGAAGACUUUAAAUGGAGAGAAAAAUCCUGAGGAACUGAAAAACAUUCAGCUUGACUGAAUUGUUGAAUUUGAGCAGAUGAAGGGAGAGGUAAGAUUGACAAAGGUCAGGUCAUGAAAUGCUUUGAAGCCUGUAUCAAGUUUCAGUUUGCUAGUAAAAUAUCAGUGACUUAAGAUAUAAAUUUGGUUUCCUCAUAUAAAAGAAGUCCAAAGUGCAGGGCUAUAUGGUCGUUCCACAGUUAUUGGACACCAAGGUCCUUCUUGGCUCUUUUUGCUUAGCCAUCUAAGGCCCAUGGCUGGAAUUCUCAUUGAUACCUCAUGGCUAAAAUGGCUGUUGAAGCCCCAGCCAUCAUGUCUCUGAAGCUGGUAGAAAGCAGGAGAAGAAAUUAAGGAUGGGCAAAAAAAGGCACGGCCUGCUGCCUAGUCCCACUUCGACAAGCAUUUUUGGAAGUUCUAACCAAUAGCGUCCACUUACAUCUCAUUGGCCAGAACUUGGUAACCUGAGGGAUGUUUCAUUUACAGAUGUUUUAUAGACAUAGGGACACAACAUUAUCUAGAAGAAAGGAAAUUCUGGCGUUUGGAAAGACAAUAACCUUUCAAGUUUCAAUUACCAAUGCGUCUGAUUCCUAUACUUCCUGUCAAACCUCUCAGAAGCACCCUGGCUGCUGCAGAGGCUGGGGUAGUCCUUUGGUAGGGCACCCUGCUGUCUUGAUAAAAUCAGGGUUAUGUUACUGACAAACAAGAGGACAGCAGUCAUUGGGUAGAUAACUAGCAGUUUACACGUUACGACUUUGAACUUUAUUGGGAGUAAUGAAGGAUUACAAGUGGUUGAUGUUGCUUGUUAAAAAGAUAAUUUUUUAUCUUUUUAACAAUUCUGGCUGCAGUGUAGUGUAAUUCUGACUGCAGUGUAGAGAACAUACUGGAAGAGGACAGGCUCCAGACAGACAUAACACAGUAAUCCAGGCAAGAGACAACGGUGGCCUAGAAGAUAGUGGUGAUGAUUAGCUUAACUGGGUUGAGGCAGGGUAUGAACAAAUAAAUGACAUUCAUUCAAUAAAUAUUAAAUGUCAGUGUUUAACAUGUGUAAGACACUGAUCUUGGCCUUGGGAAUGUGGUAGUGGCACAAAAAAAAAGACCCCGUCCUGCUCUUACGGAGUUCAGGGUCUACUGGGGGCCCAAAUGUAAAACUGCAACUAGGACUAGUGCUGGGAAGGAGUUAAUAGCCUAUUAAGAGAGGUCACGAGGUGUUUGCCUGCAGGAAGUGGUUUUGAGCUGAGAUCUGAAGGUGGAGUAGGAGUAGUUUAGGGGGAGAAUGGCUGCAAGGACUCCUGGUAGAGAUGUACUGAUUGGAGGGGACCAGAGUGGAUGCCUGGAAACCAGGAGAUGAUUGCAGCCAUCUAGAUAAAAAUGGAACAGGGUGGAGGUGGGGGGGGGGGUUGUAGAAAAGUGGAAGGAAUGGAGAGAUAUUGGGGAGGCAAAUUUCAAAAUAUUUUCAUAGGUGGAUGUGAGAGAGGAAGGGCUCAAGGGUGCCAUCCUUGCUUCUGCCUUGUGCGGCAGGAUGAUUUGGAGGGUUCUUCAUCCAGAUGGGGAGUUUAGGAGAGCACCAGGUUUGGGGAAGAGGCCAUAAAUUGGGUUUUGGACAUGUUGAGUUCGAGUUGCUUUUGCGACCAAGAGGACAUUUUGGGUAGGCACUUGGACCCAUGAGAGUGGAAUUUAGAUCAGAGGAUUGGGCUGGAAAAUCAAUAGGUGAGUUAUCAGUGCAUAGGAGUUAAGUGUAGGUAUGGGUGCAAGUGAGCUUGCCCAGGGAGAGACUGGAAUAAAAGGAGGGUUAUAGGACCUAGCCUUAAGGAACAUCAAGUCAUUUUUCAUAUUAGAAAAAAUAAAUCAUUCCACCUCCCUUCAUACAUCAAACCAUCCAUGGAAUCAGUGACCUUCGGCCUAAAUCCCAAAGCUCUUUGUACCAACCAGGCUGAGUGACAGGGGUGCAGUCUUCCCAAUAGCCCCAUUUUGCUUCCACCCCUGUAGGAGGCCAUUGUAAGUGACAGUUCUUAAGUGCUUUUCCUAGCACUACUGAAAAACUUGUGGGAGUUCUGUGUUCCUUUUGUCUAAAAGUGUCUGUGUCCAAGUUGAGAUCAUCCACUAAGCUGGGCCAGGGCCCAGCCUCAUGUUAAAUUUUGUGGUUUUUCUGGGUUGCCGAUGACUUUGCUGCACACAGAAGACAUGGUCUCUGUCCUCUUGUUCUUUGUCCCUUCCUUUGGAGUAGCGAGGCUCAGCCUCCUGUCUGACUGCGGCUGAGCCUUCUCCUGGGGUGCACCCCAUAAUAUCCACAGCUCAGCUCUGAGGGCUUCUCAGCUCCUGGGAUCUCCCCAUUCUCCUCCAAGGCGAAUGAUGGGAAGCGAGCCUAGCUUGGUUGCUGUCAGCAUGUCAACAACCCCAGGCACACAAUGCUAAGAUCUGUGGGGUCUGGGGCAGGGAGCCUGUCCGGGGAGAGGGAUCUGCAGCCCUCUGGAGAGGUGGAAUUGUUUGUGAGCCUACGGGGAGCCUCCAGUUCAGCUGCUAUGAGCCCCAGCCCUGCCUGGGAAAAUCUAGGGUCAGCUGAGACCCCAGGACCACUUCCUGUUUGGACAAUGACCUCUUCUUCUGCCAAACCACAGGGGCUUGGCUGGCCUUCAGAGCCAGAGCCAGCACCUCCAGCUGACUGUUUUAUUUGAGGCCACACAGGGCCCUUGGAGAUGGGGGAUGAUUUGGCUCCAACUCCGAGGCAAGCAGCCCAGCUUUCAGUCUCCAAGCCACAGUGUGGUGUCUUCUGUCCAUUGCAUAGACUUGUCAUAGACUCUGGAGAGGAGGGAAGAAGACAAACUCCUCCUGUAGAAUCCUGUGCUGUGGAGGAAAUAGGAGGGACCACAUCUCAGGGGAAGAUUCCCAAGACGGCUCACACUGUAGCAGUCCCCAGGAGUGCACUGAACUUGAUACCGUGAAUAGUAUGGCGGUGUGGGGACAACAUGGAACGGUGUUAUGAUGUUGUCUUGUUUGUUCAUUCAAACAUUACUGAGCCCCCACUAUGUGCUAGCCUCCUUGCUUACGCAACAGAAACUCUAAGGUGGCCAAGAGCUUUUCCACGAAGAGACCUGGCCACAGAUAAUGGAACUAUAACGUGGGCUGUAGCACACUAGAGAGGAAGAAGGCAAGUCUUCUCUGGGGGUGGCUGGGUUUUGAGCGAUAGGGACAGGCAAUUUCAAAAGGAAACAAAGCAUAGAAGUACAAGGUAAUCAUAAUCAUAAUAGCAACUCCCUUAAAAAAUUUGUUUUUGAAGUUGAUAGUGUGGACUUGAGUUCUGGCUCCAUCACUCACUGUGAUCUUAGGCAAUUAUCUCAGUUUCUGUACUCAGUUUACUCAUCUGUAAGAUGGAGAUAAUAGUGCCUGCCUCAUAGAGCUCUUUGAGUAAAGGUUAGUAGAGAUUAUUAAGCACUAACUACAUUCCAGAUUCUACAUGUACCUAAUUUCUGAUCCUUACAACAACCCUGAAAGCAGGUUUAUCCGUUUUACAGAGCGGGAAGACUGGCACUCAGGUUGCUAAUGCUCACAUGGAUUAAAGGCUGGUGUGGGGAUUUGAACCCGUGUCUGUCUGACAUCUAAGCUCAUGGCCUUCCUUCUAUUCCAUGUCUAGUGGGGCAGGAACACUGGAUGUAAGUAGAAUGAGGGCAUAAUGAGACAAAGACAUCUUUUUGACACUUCCUCUCCAGUUGGUCAGGGCUAUAUCUAGGCAGACCUGGCAGACACCAAAUUUCUGGUUCUUCAGAGCCAGAUGGUUGUCAGUUUUACCAAAAGACUGUGUACGAAAUCCUUCAUGAAUGUGUACCCCAUUGGGCAGGUGGAAAAACCAAAGCAGGAAUUGCUUGGAACUCCUACAACUCAAGUCAGCACAAAAGGGGAGAGGUGGAAAAAGAUUUUAACAGAUCGUUCACAAAAGAAAAUAUAUGAAUGGCCAAGAAGCACAUGAAAAGCUGUUCAACAUCACUAGGUACCAAGGAAAUGCACGUUAAAACCACAGUGAGAUACUACUACAAACACACCCACGUGGCAAAAAUGAAAAAGCCCCCCAAAUUAAAUGUUCACCAGGACGUGGAGCAAUGGGGACUCAUACAUUGUUGGUACAAGUAUGAAAUGACACAUUUUGGAGAAAGAUCUAGCAGUUUCUUGUAAAAUUAAACAUAUACCUACUCUUUGA